AUGGACGCGGCCGCCAGGCCCGCGGUGCUGUAUGGGAGGCGCAAAGGCCAGAGACCGGAGCCCACGCCAGCAAAUGGUUUAGAAGAAUAUAAUGUUCCAGAUAGUAUUUUUCUUCCAACUGGAGUGGAUCUGCGCCAGGUUACUGUUCUGCCAAAGGCAGAAUGGGUAAGGAUUCGAGACAGUGUUGACAGUGCAGCUAGAGAAGCAGCACGGAUUCAUGCAGAGAGGAAAGAACGGAAAGAUAUGCACUUACGUUCCAAAGCAGUUGUGAAAAACUGGCCCAACACCAUUGCAGGCCAGGCACAGAGAAAACUUAAAGCUAAAAAAUUGCGAGAAGAAAAGGAGGAAGAAGAAAGAAAACUACUUGAUCUGGAGGAAGCACAAUUUCAAGCAGCAAAGCGGAAGGAGGCCAUAGAACAGGCCAAAACUUAUCAAUAUUAUCAGAAUGAGAGAGUGAAAGGGUUACAUGAAGAAGAAAUGGAACGUGAGCGCGAAAAAGCUAUUCUUAAAGAGCAGGAAAAGGCAUAUGAACGCUAUAUGAAUCGACAGGCACUUUGCAGAGACCAUCUGGAACAAAUAAAGGAACAUAAGCACCAGGCCCAAUUAGACAAAUUAGAGGCAAAAAAAGAAGGUGAAGAGAUUCGACGACUGAUCGAGUUAUAUGAAUUGGAAGUGCAGAGAAAAAAUGAAAAGAAACUGGAGGAAAAACUUGAACAUAGGAAGAUGCAUUGUGCGCAUGUUGCUGACCAGGAUAUUCUUAAAGCUAUAGAGGAACAAAAACAAGAAGAGGAGAAUGAUAAAAUUCGAGCUCACUUUAGAGCAAAACAAAAUAUGGCCAAACUGAGAAGAGAAAAAGAAGCUGAAAUGAACAGGUUAAUGCAGGAGCGUAGGGAUAUUACUAUUAACCAUCUAGCUGAACAAAUGAAACAGACAUUUGAGAGGAUAGAUGAACGUGUUGCUAGAGAUGUUGCAGAGAGAGAAGCUGAGUGGGAAAAAGAGCUCAAAGAGAAAGAAGAAAAAACCAAAGCUGAAUUGAAAUCAAUUGCAGAACACAGAGCCACCGUGUGUCACUUGCCUGUAGAAUGA